AUGAGCAGAAAGACACCGACUGACGUCCUCCUGCAGGGACUGGAGGAGCUUGCAGAGCAAGACUUUAAAAAAUUUAUACACAAAUUAUCUGAGUUUGCCUUUGAUGACAAACCUUCAAUCCCCUGGUGUAAACUGGAGAAGGCUGACAGGAUAGAUGCUGCGAGACUCCUGAAAGAACGCUAUGGUCCGGAGAGUGCUGUGGACAUAGCUAUCAAAAUCUUCACUAACCUCAGUCUCAACAACUCUGCCAUGAAACUCAAACAGGAAAAAGAGACAGCUUUGGGCCCCCAGCAAACUCCUGAAACAUCAGCAAAUGCUUACAGGGUGAAGUACAGAGAACACAUAAAAAACAAAUACACCACAAUAAAAGACAUGAACGCUCGUCUUGGUGAGAAUGUGAAGCUAAACAGCAGAUACACAAAGCUGAUCAUUGUAAAUGAACAUUGUCACAAAAAGCAGAGAGAACAUGAAAUAAUGGCCCUGGGACGGAGACAUGCAGAAAUCCUGACUAAGCAUGCUAGUCCUAUCACCAUAGGUGAUUUAUUUGAAUCUGAUGGAAAUGGACAAUCACCACAAAUUGUCGUGCUGCAGGGAGCUGCAGGGAUUGCAAAAACACUGACAGCAAAAAAGAUCAUGUUGGACUGGGCAAAUGAAGAACUGUAUCAGAGCAGGUUUGAUUAUGUUUUCUACAUAAAUUGUAGGGAAAUUAACUUUGUCAGCGAGCAGAGAAGUGUUGAAGAUUUAAUUUUAGAAAAUUGUCCUGAUCAAAAUGCACCAAGGAAAGAGAUUCUGAUGACUCCAGAAAAACUCCUGUUCAUAAUUGAUGGUUUUGAUGAACUGAAAUUUUCCUUUAAUCAAUCUACAAGUAAUCUGUGCUCUGAUCCCUGUGAGAAGCAGCCAGUGGAAAUCAUACUGAGCAGUUUAUUUAGGAAAAAAGUGCUUCUCAAAUCUUACUUAAUAAUUACUACAAGACCAAUUGCCCUGGAGAAACUUGGGCAGUGUUUGAAAGAUGAACGUUAUGCAGAGAUCCUGGGGUUUUCUGAAAAUGAGAGAGAAGAAUAUUUCUAUAAGUUCUUUGGGAAUGAAGAACAAGCAAGAAAAGCCUUUAACUUUGUAAAAGACAAUGAAAUGCUCUUCACCAUGUGCUUUGUUCCCCUUGUGUGUUGGAUCAUCUGCACGGUUCUGAAACAACAGAUGGAAGCAGGUGAAGAUCUUGCACAAACUUCCAGUACAAUCACUGGAGUGUACAUGCAUUAUCUUGACAGUUUAUUAAAGGGUCACAGCAGCACUUCAAAGCAAAAGGUACAAGGUAACUUAAAGGGACUUUGCUCCUUGGCUGCAGACAGAAUCUGGAGGAAGAAUAUACUGUUUGUAGAAGAAGAUGUCAAGAAACACGGAUUAGAUAAACCUGAUUCCCUCUUUCUGAAUGAGAACAUCUUUCAAAAAGGCAUUGACUGUGAGUGUGUUUACACCUUCAUUCACUUGAGUUUUCAAGAGUUUUUUGCAGCUUUGUUUUAUGUGUUGGAGAAAGAAGAAACAGUGGAAAAUUCAGAAACUGCUAUACAACCUGUGGAAAAAUUGUUUGAAAAGUGUGAAAAAUCUAGGAAUGAUUUAAUGUUAACAGUACGAUUCCUGUUUGGUGUCUUAAAUAAAAAGAGAAUGGAGGAAAUGGAGAAAAAACUUAGCUUCAAAAUUGCACCCAAAAUUAAAAAUAAUUUACUAACACAGGUUAAAGAAAAACUCUCUUUGUCAUUGUUCAAAUAUGAUAAGUUGCCUUUUGAUGAGGACACGACGAUUUUGUAUUUUGAAUAUUUUCACUGUUUGUAUGAAAUUGGAGAAACAGAAUUUGUUCAGAGUGCAAUGCAUCAUUUAACCGAACUUAAAUUACUUCAUCGUAUCUUUACCAAAAUGGAUCAAAUUGUUCUUCAAUUCUGUAUAAAGAAUUGCUGUAAACUGGAGUCAGUUUAUCUAGACACCUGUACGUUUCUAACUGAAGACUUGAAUGAAGAUUCCCCAGGACUAUGCAAGCGGCCACCUGGGGCAGAACAUCAGCAUGAGACGCAUCAUUCGCCUAUUUACCUGUUCUGUGAAGCAUUGGAGGAUCCAAACUGUAAAUUAAAGAAACUAAAGUUACAUGGGUGUCUCACAGGCGCUUGUUGCAGGGAUCUCGCUGAUGUUCUCAAAGCCAGAGAGAGCCUGACAGAGCUGGACCUGGGUUAUAAUGAUCUGGGCAAUGCCGGAGUGCGGCUGCUGUGUGAGGGACUGAAACACCCGACCUGCAAACUGCAGAAACUGGACUUGUGGGAUUGUGAGCUCACAGGCGCUUGCUGCGGGGAUCUCGCCAAUGUUCUCAGCUCCAACCAGAGCCUGACAGAGCUGAAGUUGUGUUCAAAUUCUCUGGGCAAUGCUGGAGUGCGGCUGCUGUGCAAGCGACUGACACACCCAAACUGUAAACUGCAGCGACUGGGGUUGCGGGAUUGUGAGCUCACAGGCGCUUGCUGCAGGGAUCUCGCUGCUGUUCUCAGCACCAGCCAGAGCCUCACAGAGCUGAAGCUGAGUGGUAAUUCUCUGGGCAAUGCUGGAGUGCAGCUGCUGUGCAAGGGACUGAAACACCCAAACUGCAAAAUGCAGAGACUGGACUUGCGGGAUUGUGAGCUCACAAGUGCUUGCUGCGGGGAUCUCGCCAAUGUUCUCAGAACCAGCCAGACCCUGACAGAGCUGAAGCUGAGUGGUAAUAAUCUGGGUGAUGCCGGAGUGCAGAUACUGUGCGAGGGACUGAAACACCUGAACUGCAAACUGUGGAGACUGGACUUGAGUUCUUGUUUUCUCACAGAUGCUUGCUGUGGGGAUCUCGCCAUUGUUCUCAGAACCAACCAGAACCUGACAGAACUGGAUCUAGGUUAUAAUAAUCUGGGAGAUGCCGGUGUGAAGCUGCUGUGUGAGGGACUGAAACAAAACUGCAAUUUACAGAGUCUGAACUUGCGGAAGUCCGCUACGUGGGGGUGCGGUGUCACAGCUGCUGGUUGUGGGGAUCUCGCCGCUUUUCUCAAAACCAGACAGAACCUGACAAAGUUGUACCUGGAUAAUAAUGUUUCUCUGGGAGAUUCUGGAGUGCGGCUGCUGUGUGAGGGGCUGACACACCCAAACUGUAAAUUAGAGACUCUGGUAGUGGACUUUCACCGUCUAACUCCAGAAAUGCAGGCAGAGCUGUAUGCAGUGAAAAAGAUAAAACCUGAUUUGAUCAUAAAGAUGCAGCCGGAGGACUGAGUGGGAGCCACUGCACCAACACAGCUCUGGCCUGGCUACCCUGCCACUAGCUGGGUCAUCAGCCAGGGACAGUUGAAGACUUGGCCCACUUACUAGACAUCCCACCUUCCCCAGGGAUUCCAGCAUCAUAUUUCAACAUCUGUGGCAGGGGACUAAGAAGAGAUUGUCAGGCCCAACCCUCCAGUCUGAGGGCAAGAAACUCUGGAGUAGAAGCUGGAUUUGCUCCAUGCUUGGUCUGACCUUAGAGGGGGGAGUUGAUUUGUAGGGUGGAGCAGGAGGAAGGAAGGGGGGCAGUGCAGGGGGGUCACCCAAGAACCAUCUUUGGAUCCAAUGUGUUCUGUUACAAUAGUUCAGUCAUUAUUGGUUGUAUUUUUCUUCCCCUACACACACACCCCACCCCCCAAUUUCACACAAUUCCCUGGCCAUUAAGGUGACAUUCUGUGUCCAUCUACAGCAUUUGUUUAUGCCAGACGUAUGUUUCUGUGUCAGUUUUGCUGGAGUCCA